AUUGUUAUAUAUAAGGUGAUGAUAUCCUUUUUGGCAUUCUUUCAAGGCAUAGAUAACAGACAAUGGUAAUAAACUUGGGUUUUUCAUUCUUUUUUCACAUUAGAUCAUUCUUAUUCUAACCUAGCUUAGCAGUGGCUGUAGGUGAUAUUAGGGAUUGUCCUUGUUUGAAGCCUAAAAUAGUUAUCUGGCUCUUUAUAAAUGUCUUCUAUUGUGCACUUUUGCAGUUAUACGCACUUCUUGCUGGCUUUUGUUCCUGACCGUUGAUAAGAAAUCCCUUACAGAAUCUGCUGUUUGCUACUGGAGAACUGAGGCUGUACACAGUCCUGACUCCUGAGGAAGCAUCAGGGGAGUCAUUGUAAUAUCUAUUUGACUAUUUAUUUGCAUGAUGGCGUAUUUUUGUGUUCCAAUUUCCAUACAGCUAAAUGGCUGAUUAGGAACUUUUCCUGCUACUAGCUUUAAAUCUUUUUGCGGUUAUAGAGAUUUUGCUGCAUAAUGAAAUUGAUUGGUCAUGCUUGUUACUGUUUACCUAGCGCAACUAAGGGGCCACACUUGCAGGAAACCUUGUUUGAUUACGCAAUAGGAGUCUUGCACUUCGAAUUGACUGCAUUUUUCAGGAGAAAUUACCAUUCCUUGAAUCCAGCUCUGUUUGGAUUAGUUAUCACUCGAGCACUGUUGAACUUUAACAAUUCUUCAAUGAUGUUUCUUUAUUUUUUUUUUUUUGGUUUCUCGCCCGGUAUCCGGGACUUCGUCCCGACUACUCCGGACUCGAUCAGCUGUGGCGCACCAGAAUGGUGGGUGGGUCUCCCAGUUGCUGCGCACACAAGGUUUCGAACUCGAAACCUUAUUUAAGCUGGAACAAGUCGCUUGCCACCUGAUCUAACCCUUGUUGGUAAUGAUGUUUCUUUAUACACUUUGGGUGCGGUGCGGUUGAAAUUGCUGUUAGUUAUAACUAUAACUGCAAUUGUAUUGAAUUGUGUUGCAUUGUAGUUGUAGUUAAUUAUUUUGGUGUUUGAUUAUUUAUUUUUUAAAAGUAUUAUAAAUGAAAUAUGAUA